UUCUAAUGUGAUGCUGUUGUAUCUUGUUUGUUUGUGAAUUCUCUUCUUUCUCGUUUACUUUGGCUAAGUUUGCAGUGAGAACUUUCGGUGGAGUUUUAUUAAAUGGUCGAUUCGGAGUUUCAUGAAGAUGCUUGAUAUUGAGCCUGUGAAAGAUGAUUAGAACUGUUUCACGUGAAUUGAAUAAUUGAAAGGGAAAAUCUUGCCGUUUUUUUUUCUCUUUAGAUAAUCACAACUUGAAAGGAAUUAACAAAUGGCGCGAACAGGCCCUUUCUUAAGUAUGCGGCCGCCAGCAGACACCGCUACUGGAGGCGCUAAAAGAGUUCUCGCCGGCAACAAACAGGUUGCCCGCCCAAGCUUGGUCGGGCCCAAUUAGCAUCCCCAACUUGGAGAAAACAUAACCGCAUUGACCAUAGUUGCCUUGACGCGGAGAGACGUGUCCUUCAAACGGAGAUGUCACUGAGCUCUAGCUAUGUCAAGCUCCCACCUUCACCUGCACAACCCAACACACCAAGCAAGGACCUGAAGGAUUGGAACGCACUCAUCAAGCGCCAUGCCAAGCUCAAGAACGACAAUGCGAUCCUCUCGACCUAUGCCCACAUGCUGUCUUUACGCAUAUCCCCGGACAAGGCUACGUUGCCUCUGGUGCUCAAGGCCUGCUGGAGGUUGAAUGAUGUCGAACUAGGCAAGAGAAUUCAUUCGAGCAUUCUGGGUACAGGUUUGAUGGAGGAUGUGCGAGUGGCUACUUCUCUUGUCGACUUUUAUUGCAAGUGCGGACUCGUUGAGGAUGCUUGGUAUGUGUUUGAUAGAAUGACUGAGAGAGAUGUUGUUUCGUGGAAUACGAUGAUAAAUGGGUACGUGGGUGUGGAUGAUCACGAGGAGGCGAUUUCAGUGUUCCUGGAAAUGGGGAGGCAGAGUGUGAAACCGAGUUCUCGUACUGUUGUGGCAUUGCUUUUGGCCUGCGGGGAAGCGAUGGAGUUGAGAAUGGGGCAGGAAUUACAUUGUUAUUCUUUGAGGAGUGGGCUAUUUCAUGAAUACCCUCAUGUUGGAACUGCUUUAAUAGGGUUUUAUGCGAAGUUUAACGUGAAGGUUUCACACAAUGUGUUUGACACGAUGGAGGUGAAGAACAUGGUGAGUUGGAAUGCAAAUAUAAUGGGUUAUUUUGAAGCUGGCGACUACUUAAUGGUUUUAAAGCUUUUUGUGAGGAUUCUAGAGAAUGGGGGCGAAGUUGAUGAGGUCACCAUGUUGAUAGUGAUUCAGGCCUGCACAGAGCAUGGAUCUCUUGGUCUGGCAAUGCAAAUUCAUCAAAUGGCUAUUAAGUCUGAACUAAGUUGUGAUGUCUACUUGGCAAAUGCAUUACUGCAUAUGUAUAGUAAGCUACAGAAACCAGAGUUUGCAUAUGAAGUAUUUAAAUCUGUUCCUACCUGUGAUGUUGUGCUGUGGAAUUCGAUGCUGUCUACAUACAUUGAUUUCAGCUGUCCUGAAGAAGCUCAGAGUUUGUUCUUGAGAAUGCUAACUGAGGAUGUCGAGGCAGACGAAAGAACUAUUAUUCUCAUGUUGUCUUCAUGUGCAGACUUAGCAGAUGGGAUGAGAUUUGGUAGAAGUUUACAUGCGCAUGUGAUUAAGGCUGGUAUGCUUAUUGAUGUAUCUCUCGGUAAUGCACUUUUGAAUAUGUACGAAGAGACCAAUUGUAUCGAAGCUGUUAAGAAGGCUUUUACUCAUCUGCCAGCCGUUGACGUAGUAUCUUGGAACACUUUAAUUGCAGCAUUGGCCAAUAGCAACUCAAAAGUUGAAGCAUUGGAAAUCUUUCUAAGGAUGCAUGAGUCCGAAAUCAAGCCCAACUCUUACACAAUUAUAUCAAUUCUUGCUUCCUGUGAUGAUGCACCUUCACUCAACAUUGGCCGAUCUAUCCAUGGCUAUGUAAUUAAGCAGGGCAUUGAUAUUAAUAUACCCUUGAACACUGCACUGACAGAGAUGUACAUGGACUGUGGUGAUGAAGUGACAGCGCGGAAUUUGUUUGACUGCUGCUCCAACAAAGAUAUAGUCUCAUGGAAUUCUUUGAUUGCCAGUUACAUUAGAAACAACCAGACUCACAAGGCUCUGCUACUCUUUAGACGUUUGAUCUCAGAAACUGAACCUAACUCAGUCACGCUUAUAAAUGUUCUAUCGUCAUGUAUCCACCUAGCUGAUCUUCAUCUAGGCCAGUGCAUUCAUGCUUACAUAACCCGGAGGGAGUCAUCUAUUGGUUCUGAUGCAUCCCUUGCAAAUGCGCUGAUAACUAUGUAUGCAAAAUGUGGCAGUCUGCACAAUGGCGAAAAAGUUUUUAAUUUGAUUUGGCAAAAGGAUGUUAUCUCAUGGAAUGCUAUGAUAAUUGGCUAUGGAAUGCAUGGUCAGGGAGAAGGCGCUAUAUCUACCUUUCGACAGAUGCUGGAAGAUGGUAUGAAACCAAACAGUGCAACUUUCGUAUCUAUUUUAUCUGCUUGCAGCCAUUGUGGAUUGAUAGAGGAGGGGUUGCUUCUUUACAAUUCAAUGUUUCGCAAGUUUAAGGUGAAGCCUGAACUUAUUCACUAUGGUUGUGUGGUUGAUCUUCUUGGGCGUGGUGGCCACUUAGAUGAAGCUCUAAAUUUUGUCAAUUCAAUGCCUAUUGAAGCUGAUGCUUUAGUGUGGAGAGCUCUGCUUAGCGCUUGUCAAGUCCAUUCUAAUACCAAGCUUGUCAAGCUUGUCUUUGAGAAAAUUGUUGAAUUGGAGCCUACAAAUGAGGGAAAUUAUGUUUUGCUCUCAAAUAUCUAUGCUGCCGCUGGCGUUUGGUCAGACGUCCGGCUUAUAAGGGCAUGGCUGAAAGAGAAAGGUCUAAGAAAACCUCCAGGAAUUAGUUGGAUUGUUAUAAGAAAUCAAGCUCAUGUUUUCACUGCCAGAGAUCAGUCACAUCCCCAGACGGAUUUGAUUUAUGCAAUUUUAAGUUCUUUGUCGUGCUCCAUCAAGGACGCUGGAUAUGUUUCUGAUAUCCAAUGGAUACUGCUUGAUGAAGAGAGUUAGGUACACAUUCAGAGGAUCUGUUGCACAUCGAUGAGCUGUUAAACAUUCAAAGUCUCCGGUCUCCCUUGUUGCUGUUCACCACCACAAUCAAUUACAGAGAGCUUUGAGCUUCUCUGCAAAGAAGAUCGGAGUCAUUGAUUCAACCCAUUCGAAACAGUUGACUUUCACACAGCCAAACAUGUCGAUGUACUACAGAGGGUAAAGUCGAUUUCACAUCAUUUUAUUUCUCUUUCUCUCGUGCUUAGGUUCUUGUCGAUAUUGCAUACACUCCUCAAUGAUUAUGUCUAAUUAGCUCAUUUUCUAUGCG